UGCGUUGUUUGUCGCUUGGCGAUGACGUAAUUUUGACUACCACAGCUGCGGAGUUAUCGACCAGAAAAGACAAACGCGAAAGUUUUUUUCUCCAUAUACUGUAGACCAGAAACGUCACUUUUUGCCAGUUGGCAACGCGGAAACACAGACGAGUACGCUAUAACAGUGAUGCACUCGACCAUUAGGGAAAUCCUCGUCUCAUCGGAACCAGGCUCGUACUUCCUGCGUGUGGAUGGGACUGGGCAGGGUUUGGCGUCUGGGUUCCACCUGCUGCUCAGCGAUGGACGACGUGCUUGGAGAGGUGAAGUGAGCGAGGCGUGUGUGUGCCAGGAGGCGGAUGAGCUGGAGAUGUCCAAGGACGAGUAUGUCCACGACCUCCAUGAGGCGCUGACGGCGAUGGGAAACGCCGACUUGUACCGCUUCGCCCUGGUGCCGGCGUCACCCGAUGAUGGCGCAGCUCUCACGCUGACCUACGACAAAGUGCAGAAGGACAUCUCGUUCAGGCUGGGCUCGGUGUCGCUGAGGCCUGUCCCGGAGCCGUCGGAGGCCGUCAGGGCUUUGUUGACUCACAGUCUGGAGAGAGGAACUUCUCUGGAGCAGCACAACCAGGAACUCCAGGAGCACAACCAACGGCUCCGACAAGAACAUCAACGCAUUAUCGCAGAGCUAAAGCGCUACGCUAACGGGAAGGAGGACCUGGAGUCGGAGCUUUACUCUCGUUUCGUUCUGGUCCUCAACGAGAAGAAAGCCAAGAUCCGCAGCCUACAGGAAACGCUGAAGGAGCUCCAGGAAGUCGGUGAGACGCGCAAGAAGAAUGACCCAGUCGAAGGAAACGAAGCGACCGAGGUGGAGGAGGAAGACGAGUAUGGUGGCAGCACUGAUGACGAGGGUGCCACGCCCACCCCGGAUACCGUUGCACCUUCUCACGAGGUACGGCCGUGCUCUCCUAGCCCAUUGGACGACAGCCUGAGUGACCUCACGGAUGUGGCGCCCAGUCGAAAACGGCGUUUGCGUCACCUGGGAGCCUCGGAUGCGGCCUUAAAGCGAGCGCACGCAAGGAGUGAUUCCCCGGCAGCAACCAAUCAGCAAAAGUCGCCACCGCAGCGGCGGCGGGAUGUGUCGGCAUCGGAAGCCGAUGACCUUUUCGAGGACUUCUGACUCCUACAAGAUGAAGAAAAAGACACAAUUUUGGUGACAUCCAUCCAGGGCAUUGCCCUGCUGUUUGACUAGGGUGGGGCGCGGUUCCACAGAAGAUGGGCCCUGGGACUGUGUGGACCAGAGGAAAGGCAUCUCCAGCAUGCUUGUCCUAACUUCUUCCACCAUCCAGGAUGAUUGCCGCAACAUCCACGCUUUAAAACUUGAAGCAACAUAAUGCCACACGGCUCACGCAGAGUCAAAAAGAGGCGGAGUUUUGUCUUUUUCUCAGACUCUUUGCAACACUUACAACUGAUUCAUCAUGCGUAAAAGUAACAAACGAUGUCCGAAAUGUGAAGUUGACAAAAUUGCCUUUGCAACAUUGUUAUCAACACGUUUUUUUAUCAACACAUUUUUGCCAAAUUGUGAAGAACAACCCCAUUUAGCAAAGAAACACAAUAGACACACUGUAUUUUAAUCCCUUAUAUUAAUCGUUGAAAGUGUAUCAACGAUGAUCCCAAAAUGUUGGAACAUCAUAAAAAUUCAUCCAUUGACAUGAAGAAGAAAUUAUUAUCACUUCAACAUACUUCCUUGACACCAAUUACUACUUUUGUGUUUAUCAGGACUUUGGCACCAUCUUGGGGCAAAAGAGCAAAAUGUGUAUUGUAUUUUAGUGAACAUACAUAAACAUGAUCCUGGAUCCCCCUUGAG